UGUCACUGAAACCCACUCAGUCUGCUGCUUAAAGGCGUUUAUCAGAUAGACACGCAGAGAGAGAAAAAGAGAAAGAGAGCGCGAGACAUAGAGAGAGAGAGAGAGAGCGAAAACAAAGUCAUUCCCUCAAGAAAUAAAUAUUGUUCAAUUUUUUUUUUUUAAAUUUUAUUUGUGCUGUAAAAAUCACCAAGCGUCUUCUCUCUCAAAAGGAAGCUGACGAAGAAGCUCUUUCUCACGUAAAAAAAAGCGAUCAAUGAAUUGCAGAAAAACGCAAAUUUGAUAGGCUUUUUGAUGGGCAUAUAAUUUUCACAUGGUUCUUCACACGUUAAUUUGUUGAACGAUCAGACUACUUGUCUGGUGGAUAAUAAUACAAAAUGAGUUGGAACCCGCACAUGGAGGUUCAUUACGUUAAUAAUGCCAGCUAUCCUUAUAGCACAGCAGGAAGCUUUAUGGAAUAUGUUGAAGGUCUUACUUAUGAACAUGUGAAUUUCAUUUUUUCUGGUGCUUCGCAUGCUCAGGAGAGUGUUUAUCCUUCAAUGAAUACGAGUUUCUACAAGUUUGGGUUAUCUGAACCUGGGAGCACUUCAUAUUAUGAUUUUGGUCAUGUUUAUGAAGUUCACGAUCAUGAUCUAAGAAGUGAGGAGUAUAGAAGGCCCAUGGAGAAUUCUCCAACGAUGACCAAUAACCAGACUGCAGCACCAAACUCAGAGUGGGAAGGAAAUAACUCUAACACCGUUGAUAUCCCUGUAGAAUGCCCACGGAGACAUCAUAGUUCUCAUGAUUAUCAGGUGAUUUGGCAGGAUAAUGUUGAUCCUGAUAACAUGACUUAUGAGGAAUUACUUGAGUUAGGUGAGACUGUUGGAACUCAAAGUAGAGGUCUUUCCCAAGAACUGAUUUCUUUACUUCCAAUCUCAAAGUACAAGUGCAGCCUCUUCUCAAGAAAAAAAUCACGACAUGAUAGAUGUGUGAUUUGCCAGAUGGAAUACAAACGAGGUGAUAGACGGAUCACUCUACCUUGCAAGCAUAUCUACCAUGCUGGUUGUGGGACGAGAUGGCUUAGCAUCAAUAAGGCUUGCCCCAUAUGUUACAAGGAGGUUUUUGGUGAUGCAUCGAAACAGAGACAUAUUGACUGAAAAGCAUAAGGAGGACCGACAAGGUUUCUUACUCAGUUCUCAAGUUCUGUUGUGGGUCUCUCUUCCAAUACGAAGAUGCUUGUUUCAAUGUUCAACUUCCUUUAGAACAUUGUAUUAACUUCUGAUAACAAAUAAAAAAAAUUUAUGAACUGAAUACACUGCAGCUCUGUUAGAGAUAAAUCUGUGCUUUUCUGUUUACACGAUUCUUAUUUCUCUAACUUCCCUACUGUUCGGGUAUUUCUUUUAACGAUUCAGUCUUGUACAGCUUUGAGCGGUUAGGGUUGUGGAAAUGUUGCUUUGUAUAAUGGAAUGUUUGUUGGAUAAUUUAGUGUAGUUUUCUUUCGUUGAA